UCGGGAAGUCCCGAAAGCGGCGAGGCCGAUUGGCCGACAAAGAACCCCGUUUCGCGCCACGCCACCCAUUAUUACAGCGCAGCUACGCUGUUGCUAGCGCCUGUCUCGAUCGACCACUCGACAAACGAACAACCACUCGAUUCCACGGUGCACCAUUAUUAUCUUUUCUUUUUUUUUUUUUCUAUUAAAUAUAACAUACAACGCGCGAAUAAAAAUUUUUUUCUCGUAAUUAAACACACGAAACACGUGGUCGAACGAAUAAUUUUUAGUUAGGAAGAACUAAGUGACAGUUAUUGUAUUGAUUUUUUUUCUAAGUGGAAACAGCAAUAGUCGAAAUGGUAGAGGGCGACUCGAGAGACAUUAUUGGCAGUAUUAGGCACUAAUUUUCUUUUGUGAUGUUGAAUGAAAGAGGGAAAAAGAAAAAGUGAAGAAAUUAUUAUUACUUUUUUUUUUCGAGAAAAAAGAAACAGUAUUAAACGAUACGAGUAUUAAUACGAGUAAAAAAUGUGCAACGUGAAGAUUUUUGACAAAGUAGAAGAUCAAGAAUUCUAAGAAAUUUCUGAAGAAAAUCCACUUUUUCCAAGAAUCGAAAUCUAUCGAGAACAUCUACGAUCACGAAAAAAAGAGAAAUAACUUUCCCCAAGAUUAUUAUGCUCCGUCGAAAUUUUAUACCAUAAAAAUACCGCAAAAAUACUUCUCCACCAAUUCUUUCGAAACAUCUUCACGACUACUUUAACCGAAUCCGGUUAAAAAAAGAAAAGAAAAAAAAAAAAAUCUCACCUCGUCGAAUCGCAGGAUCAAACUGUUAAACCUGACGAGCCUCCUGGUGAACAUCGACGAGAGCAACGAAGCCAGAUUGUUCAUCUAGCCAACUUGUCCGCGCGAAGAGUGAAUUUUUCGUGGGAAGGAAGGAAGGAAAGAAGCCGGUGAAAACGGUGAAACCGCUCCGCGAUUAACGAGACGUCUCUGCUCGACAAAGGAGUCGAACAACAACUCCUCGUCGAGAAAUCGAUCUCGACGAGUUGCAUAAGAGUUCCUAGCCAGUUUCGUUUUACAAGCAAACACCUCUACGAUUACACACCUCUUCUCUCGUGCGUAGAGGAAAAAAAGGAAAGAAAGAAAGAAAAAAAGAAUCGAAAACAAGACGAUCGUCGUUGAAGAGCGCAACAAUGGGCGUGAAGGAGGGAACGAUGAGAAGGAUCGCCGGCGACGGUUUAUCGGUCGACCUCCAAUCGAACGAGCAGAUCCUCGAGAUCAAGGGCGACGGAUGCGACAUCACGAUGUCGAGGAACCGCGGAAGCGUGAAAGUCAUCGGGGAUGGUUGCCGGCUGAGGAUCGUCCAGAACAUGGGCGACGUGGAGUACACGGGGGACGGUGGCCAGGUCCUUCUGGGCCCGAAAUCUAGCAAGGAUAAGAAAGUGAAAUACGUCGGGGAUGGUGGUAGGAUAAGAUUCGACGUCGAGUUGACGAUGAAGAACCGGAAGCCUCGGAAGGAGGAGGGGAAGAUGGACGAGGAGAGGAAGAAGAAGAAAGGCGUUCCUGAGAAGAGUCGGGAAGAGACGGAAAACGAUUUGAACGGGAGGAAAGAAACGAAACAAAGCGGCAGGGAGGAGAAGAGGGGGGGAAAAGUGACCAGGAUCGUCACCACUUUCGAGUACGACGAGAAGAUCGUGAAGAAGUGGUUCGUGAAUCCGGAUAAGGUGAUCAAGAAUUUGGGAGGUUCUUUCGUGAAAGUUGUGCCGAAAGAGACGAAGAAAACGAAGGUAUGGGAUGGAAAGGGAAAGUAAGAAAGGGAGAGAAAAUAGAAUUAGAAAUUUAGAUGAUAAGAAAAAUAGAGUAUGUGUGUAUAUAAUUAUAAUAUUAGUCGGAAAUGGUGAAAUAUCUAUGAUUUUUAAGAUGAUUGGAAGGAACAUUGCCAUUGUAACUCAAGUCUGGCUUAAAGUUCCUAUCUAAGGACAAUUAGAAACGAGGAAACGAUUUCUUGGAAUAAUUUAAUAGUGGGCAUUUUGAGCAUGUGUGUGUCAAGUCGUCGAGGAAUAAUUUUCGAUUUCUUUGUGGAAGAAUCGUUCUGAUAAUCGAGGAUAUCUGCUGUAUAAUAUCGCGUGAUAAAUAUUAUCGACGCAAUAAAAUCGAUAAAAUU